UUAUACGAAGCGUGAAGGCUUUUGGAGAUCCUCCCGCGCUGGAAGCCCGGAACCUGCCUCCAAAAUUUCUCCAGGGAAACCGCCCCCAAAACCAUCUCCCCCCGUUCCCUUCCUCCGACCAAACCGCCCCCAAACUUUCUUCGAGAAUGGGGCGCCGCAGCCUAAUCAUCACCGACUCCGACGAGGAAGAUGCCGCGGCCACUCCUGCCUCCGCCUCCGUUUCCACUGGCGGCGGCGGAAGCGUCGGCCGCCCCUCGUCUCAAAACCCCAGCCCCUUCCUAGCCCCCUACACAUUACCGUCCUCGCCUCCCCCCUCCCCUCCCGUCGAGAUCUCCGAUGACGAGGAGGAGGUCGACGAGAUCCAGGACCCCGACGAGGAUUCCGCCUUCGGCGAUGCCCCCGACGAGAUGCGGGACUCUGACGGGGACUCCCUUUUCACCGACGUCGCCGAUGACCUCUCCCCACCACCUCCCGCUCCACCUCAAUAUCCUCCGCCCCAAACUCCAUGUCCACCUCCCGCUCCUGCUCCCGCCGUUCCUUUGUUCCGAACCCCAAGACCAACCCCGCCUCCCGCAUCCACUCCUCCCUCCGGAACACGAACCCCAGUUCCACCGCCGGCCGCCGCACCUACUCCGGCCCGAACCCGAACCCCAGUCUCAUCGCCGGCUGCCGCACCCACUCCUGCCCGUACCCCAACCCCAACUCCACCGCCCGUUGCCGCACCCACUCCUAUGUCCCGGACCCCAACCCCAACUCCACCAGCCGCUGCCGCAUCAGCUCCUCCUGCCCGAACCCCAACGCCAACCCCACCACCUGCUGCCGCGCCUGCUCCUCGGCCUCGAACCCCAGCUCCAACCCCUCCCUCUGCCUGGACCCCAACUGCGACCCCGCUCACGUCCUCGACCCCACCGUCCGCACUGAGCGCGCAGCUGCGUCCGGUGGAUGCGUUCCUGCGGCGACUCGGGCUUCGUGUACGGGCAGAGUGGCUUCAACAGUGUGCUGCCGGGUUGCCUGGGCUCAACGGCCAUGGCGGCACUGAAGUGCAGGCUAGACAGUGUUUUGAGCAGCUCCUCUUUGCCGACAUGAACCAAUGCGGCGCUGGUGUGCUUCCGGAGGGCGUCGGGUCUAUGGAGGCUGCCAUCCUCGAUGGACCAUUUGUGCUACAGGUUGAUGAAAUCGUCAAUAUGUCUGCCCCUUUAAGGGAAAGAUAUCGUGAUGCACCUGCCGGCCCCAAACGAUGUUUAAAGUUAUCAAUGACAGAUGGCAUCCAACGCAUAUAUGGAAUGGAAUACAGGCCUAUCAAAGACCUGGAAGUUCUUGCACCUGCUGGUUUUAAGAUUGUUAUAAGGAAUGUGCACAUAAAGAGAGGGCUUCUUAUGUUAGUCCCUGAGGUUAUUGAGAUUCUUGGUGGGGUAGUUGAUGAAUUGGAAGCAGCACGUGUAAGACUUGUUUCUGAAGUAAAUAAACCACCUCGUGGAAAAAGGAAACAAGGUGGAUUACCUUUGUCCUCCAGAGCCACCCUAGCUGCCUGGCCACGUAAUGUAAGCGCUGCAAAUGGUGGUGAGCAAGGCAUCUCAAUGCCAAGAACAGUAAACCCCUCUCAUCCAACAGGAUUAGGUAAUGGCUCUCAAGUUGGCGGAACUACACAAACAAUGGAAGAAGAGCGUGUUAACCAUCCUGUUGUAAUAAAUGGUGUCCGAGCACAACGUCAACAUUUUCAAGAAAACACUAUGCAGGACCGAUCUACUUCUCUUACUGGGAACAACACAGAGGCUUCUGCACCUGCUACCUAUAGACAUGAACCCCAACAAAGCACUAGUAGAAUUGCACGAACUUUGGUAGACGAAUAUGUUGACCAUCCUAUUGUGGCGAACAAUGUUGACGAGCAAAUACAACGUGUCCAAGAAAUCACCAUGCAGGACCAAGCUACUGCUUUUACUAGGAGCAGAGGAGAGCCUUCUACAUCUACUCCUUGUGGUGGGUAUGAUUCCCAACAAAGGGCACAUGACAUUGGUGCAACUGGUGCCAAUGGUGCGGAGGCUGCACGGCCUUCAACUGUUGGUGAUAAUACUGGCCAGAUGGAACAUCCAGUCAUUCUAAGUGGUGAAAAUGAAAAACCUUUCAUAUACAUUUUCAACUUGAUGGCACAUUGGACCAUAGAAAAGGAUACAAGACCCUACAUUCAAGGAAAAAUUAAGGGUUUGAUUACCUCUGUCAAACGAUUUCAAUUUAGGAACCGCAGAGAGUACGAGCUUCUUGUGUGCAUAGAUGAUGGAAGUCAAAUUUCAGAGGCCUUUGUUGACAGUACUAUUGUACGUAACAUAAUUGGCCACUCAUGUGAGGAGGUUUCAACUGCCGUUUCUGAUCCAACCUCAGAAUCGUACAUCGCUAUGAAACAAAUUCUGAGUGGAUUUCAGCAUUAUUUGGAGAAAUUUGAGGGUACAAUGCAUAUUGAGUACAACGGACAAUCUUCUCGACCUAUCGUGCGUGAGAUGAACGAAGGUUGUUCGACUGCUGAUGCAUGGCUCCUGCUUCAGAGGCUGAAAACAUGUACGGCUCAACGGCACAUCCGAAAUUUGGACUUUAUGGAUACCACCCCGUGUCUAUGGUCAGCCUUUUUGCUCGGUUAAUGCAAAAGCCACAUCGUCCUGAUCUUGAUAUGCUAGGCCACUUGUGAAGUUUUCAGCUCUAGGCUUAAGCAGCACUCAGUUUCUCGUUUUACAUCUAUGCUUCUGCUAUAAAAUGUUUUCACUA